GUUGCAUUUCAUCAUUCAAGAAUAACCCGCCAAAUUCAAAACGAGCUACAACCGGCGUACGAGAGCUCUAAAUGAUCCUACUCUCCCGCUAUUACCAUUCUGCCACUCUGCAAUCUCCAUCUCGCAAUCUUCUCUAUUUGCUUCAGCUCUCAAUUGCCCGCAACUCUCUCCAUCUCACCCAACAAUGCCAUACUCGAAUCCUCACUCUAGGUUUCUCUCAGAAUCCCUUUUUGGCUACAAAACUCAUUUGUGCGUACGCUGUUUGCGGUGUCCCAACCGAGUCCAAACUCGUUUUUGACUCUCUAGAAGAGAAAAGUGUGCAUCUAUGGAACUCCCUCAUCAAUGGGUAUGUGAAAAAUCACAUGUACAACAAAUCUUUUCAUCUGUUUUGUCAAAUGUUAUAUUGUGGCGUGUUGGCGGACGAUUAUACCUUUUCAACGCUAUCAAAAAUUUGCAGUAAGGUGGGUGACUUGAGUACAGGGAAACUGAUUCAUGGGAAAAGUAUAACGACUGGGUUUGUUUCGGAUACUAUUGUUGCUAACUCUCUUAUGUCUAUGUAUUGUAAAUGUCGUGAAUUUGAAACAUGUUUGAAACUAUUUGAUGAAAUGCCAGAGAGAAAUAUGGGUUCUUGGAAUAUUGUUAUAGCGGGAUAUGUGGAUUCGGGGGAUCGGAAUCUCAACAAGGAGGUGACGGGAUUAGUUGAAGAUAUGCAAAUUGAAGGUUUCAAGCCCAAUGAAUUUACAGUUUCAAGUCUUUUGCUUUUGUGUAAUUGUGACAUUGGGAAAUGGGAUUAUGGAAGGGAGCUUCAUGGGUUUAUAGUGAGAAAUGAAUUGGGUUGGGGUUGGAACUCGGUUUCAGAUGUUCAUUUGGGAUCUUGUUUGAUUGAUAUGUAUUCGAGGAUUAACAAAGUUGAUGUGGCUAAACGAGUGUUUGAUCAAAUGAACAGGAGAAAUGUAUAUGCCUGGACGGCAAUGAUCAAUGGUUAUGUGCAAGCUGGAGCUCUAGAAGAAGCCUUGGUUCUUUUUCGUGAAAUGCAGCUGAAAGGUGGAGUAGAACCUAGCAGGGUAUCGCUAGUGAGUCUUCUUCCUACUUGUGGCUCACUCGCUAGUUUAACUAGUGGGAAACAAAUUCAUGGAUAUGCAAUUAGGAAAAAAUUGAAUCAUGAUGUGUCUCUAAGUAAUGCUUUGAUCGACAUGUAUUCAAAGUGUGGUAACUUGAAGCAUGCAAGGCGAGUGUUUGAGGAUGUAUCUUUUUGUAGAGAUGUAAUAUCUUGGAGUUCCAUGGUUUGUGGAUAUGGAUUACAUGGAAUGGGAGAGGAAGCUGUCUUUAUAUAUGACAGGAUGCUUCAGAUAGGGAACAAACCAGAUAUGAUAACAGUUGUAGGGGUUCUUUCUGCCUGUAGCAGGGCAGGUUUGGUCGAUGAAGGCCUUCGCAUCUAUAACUCUGCAAUCAAUGACUAUAAAAUUAAGCCAACAGCAGAGAUUUGUGCUUGUGUCGUUGAUAUGUUAGGCAGAUCAGGCCAGCUUGGACUGGCGUUAGAUUUUAUUAAGAAAAUGCCUAUGGAACCCGGUCCAAGUGUUUGGGGGGCUCUUGUUAGUGCUUCCAUAAUGCAUGGGAGUACCGAGUUGCAGGAUCUAGCUUACAAGUUCCUUAUUCAGUUAGAACCUGGGAACCCCUCAAAUUAUGUCUCACUAUCGAACUUACAUGCUUCUUCUAGGAGAUGGGAUGUUGUAGCUGAAGUAAGAACAAUAAUGAAAGAAAAGGGUUUAAGGAAAACUCCUGGGUGCAGUUGGAUAAGCAUUAAUGACAAAACUCAUUGUUUCUAUGCUGCUGAUAAAGCACAUCCUUGUUCGAACUCGAUAUAUAAAAUGCUAGAUGCUCUUAUAUUGUUCAUGAAGGGAACUGCUCAUUCUCCUGAAUUUCAGUGUGUUAUGUAGGUGUCGAGCAUUGCUCAUUGGUGGGUUAUUUUGUGGAUCCUUAUUAUUAAGGGUAGCAUGUGGUUCAAACAAUGCUACAAUAGCAUGAAUUUUAAUUUGUAUGGUAAUAUAUUGGAAAUUCUUAUC